GUUGUCGUGAUUGCACGGGGAGAAAAGGGUCUCAGUGAGCAGCAUCUUGCAUGACGCACGGAGCUGGCACGGUCGACAGCCGCGCGCACGGGACACGGUACCCAGCCGCACACACACAGAAUUACACGGGACUAACCGAGCGCUGGUGCUCUCCUUGGGACCGCCGCCGAAGGGGUGAAGUUUCUCCAUGUUGUUUGAAUGGGAAGAACGGGACCGAACACCUCUGGACGCCGAAGGGGGCUUGAUUUAGACUCGUCGGCGCGGCAGUAUUCAUGUCCUCGUGUGUUUUGGCAGAUUACACGUCUGAACUGAACCUGGUGUGACAGAAGCGCGUCAACAAUCAUAACUCCUCGGUGCGCCUCGCGUUCAGACACAUGAACUUUUAUCUUGCGCAGAGAAAAGACGCAUUGCAGGAUCUCUGAAUGUUGAAAGACAGGAGUUAAUUAGCCUCACAAUUUCAGCAGCACUCUUGUAUGACUGGGAAUACAAAGCUUUCGUUGGCCUCUGUGGAUACCUUGAGCCGUAUGACUUUUGGAGCACAAGUGGAUGUCCUCCCGGAACUUUCAAAUGUUUUAAAUUAAAAGUAGCUUUAACCUCAGUGUGUGAAUUUAAUGUAUUCAUCCUUAUCUUGAAUAGCAUUUGACUGUAACUUUAAGUUUAGGAAAAUGAGCUUAUACAGUCUGGCAUUGUCCUGCCUAGUUGCGUGCUUUCUCUCCGUGCGCUGCAGCUCGGUGACAGGGACGGAGACUCAGAGCUCGCCCCAGGAGUCGUGCACGUCCUGCGGCCUCAGGGCGCCGGAUCAGACGGAGCGGGUGAACAUAGACUUUUUGGAGGCGGUGAAGAGGCACAUACUGAACAGGCUGCAGAUGAGAGACAGACCCAACAUCACCCAUCCCAUCCCGAAGGCUGCGAUGGUGACGGCGCUGAGGAGGCUGCACGCCGGCAAAGUGCGAGAGGACGGCCGGGUGGAGAUCCCCAGCUUUGACGGGCAGGCUGCCUUCAACAACGAGGUCCAAGCGGAGACCUCUGAGAUCAUCAGCUUCGCCGAAUCAGAUGGGCACACAUCCUCCAAGUCUGGUCUGUACUUCCUCAUCUCCAACGAGGGCAACCAGAACCUGUAUGUGUCCCAGGCGAACCUGUGGCUCUAUUUCCGUGUGCUGCCAGCUGGUCCUGAGAAGGGCCUCCGGAGGAAGGUGACAGUCAAGAUCCACUACCAGGAGGCUGGGGCUUCAAGCGGCGCAGAGGGCGGCCCGGGAGGUGGUGGUGGAGGGGGAACAGGCCGCUGGGCCCUGGUGGAGAAGCGGGUGGAUCUGAAACGCAGUGGCUGGCAUACUUUCCCGCUCUCAGAGGCGGUACGGGCUGUAUUUGGGAAAGGCAGCCGGAGGCAGGACCUGGAGGUCCACUGUGAGAGCUGUGAGACAGCUGGCGUGGCUCCCGUGCUGGUGGACCCAGGUGAUCCGUCCCACCGGCCCUUCCUGGUAGUUCGUGCAAGGCAGGUGGAUGGAAAGCACCGCAUUCGUAAGCGGGGGCUGGAGUGUGACGGCACCAGUGGGGGCUUAUGCUGUCGGCAGCAGUUUUACAUAGACUUCCGCCUUAUUGGCUGGAACGACUGGAUCAUUGCGCCAGCUGGUUAUUAUGGUAACUACUGUGAAGGAAGCUGCCCGGCCUACAUGGCAGGCGUGCCGGGCUCGGCUUCAUCCUUCCACACCGCAGUAGUUAACCAGUACCGCAUGAGAGGCAUGAGCCCGGGCUCAGUCAACUCCUGCUGUAUCCCCACCAAGCUCAGUACUAUGUCCAUGCUCUACUUCGACGAUGAAUACAACAUAGUCAAGAGGGAUGUGCCCAACAUGAUUGUGGAGGAGUGUGGCUGUGCUUGAGUCCACACUGACUCUUCAUUAUUUGAACUUGGAACAGUCAGAAAGGCCUUUUGUACAAACAGGACGUUAUUGUACGGUACACAUAUACAAUAUAUCUAUACCUACUGUAUGUGCAAGCAACACACACACUGGUCCAAUCUAGCAAAUGCAAGUAUCAGUGUUGUGUCCAUGUGUGCAUGUGAGUGAUUGCACGUGCUUGUACGAGUGUGUGUAUUUAUCAGACUGAGUGACAUGCUUGCUGUCCUAGUUUUGUCCAUUUUGUGACAACUGGUCAGCAGUGGGAUGAGAAGGGAAUGAUUAUCACCAAAUCAUAUUUUGCUCUAGUUUGCCAUUUCUAGUCAAAAAAUAAUGGCCCAUCAUCUCCUCUUGAAUGAAGAUAACAAGCGCUUAAGGAAAGUGACAGGAUCAGCCAAUGACAUGAUUGGCUUCAACCCCUACACUCCCCAUCCUGCUCCUCCAACCCUCUUAAGUACUUUAAGCACAUGACAGACUUUUGUUUUUAUAAAGCACUGACCAUCCAUCAGCUUAUACAAUUCAGAACACCAGCACUUCGCUACUAUGCCGACAGACACAGUCUGACUGUCCUCUCUGGUGGAAUUAGACCGGCAGCGCCUAAUGCCUUGUAGGAUUAUACACUCCGUAACAGCACAGUUGCAAAAUAAAGUCCUCCACAUAGCUGCUGCUGCUGUUGCUGUUGUUGUCGUCAUUCUUGCUGUUGACUGCGGCCCUCAACCUCAACUUCCUGUCUGUCAAGAGUGCUGCAGGCCCUGCUACCAUGACAACCAGGUGAAGAUAGAUCUCAUAAGUGCACUUCACUUGUGUGCUGGGAGCGACAGAGAGAGAAUUGCUUCUUCCUGGGCCCUAAGGCUCAGUAGAACUGGGCCGACGGACACGGAGACUCUAGUUUCGGCCCAGUGGGUCGCCACAGUGCAGUGCAGCACUUGCAGAAACUGAAAUGCACACCCUGAAUAGCACUUGUAUAAAGAAAUGCCUUCCAAGGGGUACUGAGUGUCCUGUCCUAUAGCUAAAUAAGUGCCACAUGAGCUAUGCAAUGUAUAGAAACCUAUACCCAUACUCAACAUUCUCUAUUAGACUGAAUUCUCUUUUCAUCUUUCUCUCUCCCUCUCCUUCUCUCUCUCUCUCUCUCUCGCUUUCUCUCUCUCUCUCUCUU